AUGGCUGAAGCACUGGGCGUUGUCGCGAGCGCGAUCGCAGUCAUCCAGAUCUCCAAAGAAGUAAUCAGCGCUUGCAAAUUCUACAUCGAAGCACUCCGUUCCGAUGCGCCUACCAGCUUACGCACCCUUUUAAUCGAAAUCUCCACACUCAAGUCCGUCCUGGAGAACCUAGAGUUCAUAUCGAAAUGCGACACCUUCACACCCGCCGUGCAAAAUCGACUAACAGCUUUUGACGGUCCUAUCGAAGGGUGUAGGGCCGCGAUGACAGCACUGGAGAAGCUGUUUCCGAAACAAUCUCUUCGUAACGGACAGAACACCUCAAAGCGGCAGAAAGUCCAAGCAACAUUUGCAACAUUAGCAUGGCCUCUGAAGCAGGGCCAGGUGCAGGAACUUCUCCAGCAGAUCAGCCGGUAUAAGGAUGGCAUCCAGCUCGCUCUGACGACAGAGGCAACCAAAGAUAUAAAAGAUAUCAAAGCUGCUUCUGAAGAGAUCCGCUCCAUCUUGACGGAGGAGCAACGCUAUAGAGUGUGCAACUGGCUCACAUCAACUGAUCCCUCACCAAUUCAUAAUCGGUCGCGCAAACUAUAUGAAGAUGGAACUGGAAGCUGGAUGCUUCGUUCUCAGAACUGGACUGAUUGGCUGGCUUCCAGGACUCGAUGUCUUUGGUUCCACGGUAUUCCAGGUUCUGGAAAGACGGUUCUCGCAUCCUGGUUAAUCGAAAACGUCCGAAGCCAUUGCAAAAGAGUUUCAACAAAGAACUCGCCCUGUGUGAGUGCUUACUACUACUGUUACUUCGGCCAUCAUCAGGACGAGGCUGCCCCGUUUCUUAGAUGGGUCAUUACUCAGCUCUCCCGCCAGGCAAACGUGGUUUCGACUUUAACACAAGAUCUUUACAGACGCGGGGGAGAACCGAGCGUUUCUGAACUGCUCGACGCGCUAGAACAGAUUCUACGGGUGUUUAGCAGCGUGCACGUUGUCAUUGACGCUGUUGACGAGAGCAACCCACGCGACGACUUACUCGAUGUCAUUCAGACUCUCGUCACUGACACAAGGUUCGCUAAUUUCCAGAUCCUUGUCACGAGUCGUGAGUAUAUCGACAUCGAACGAGCGAUGGAAAAAGUGUCUGUAUCUGUGCCAAUGUCAAAUAAACUGGUUGAACAGGAUAUUCGCAUACAUGUUCAGUCAAUCCUACGAUCAAACCGAAAGUUUCGUUGCUGGCCUGAUGAUCUUCUCGUUGAGGUUGAAGACGCUAUUAGUACCAAGGCAAAGGGAAUGUGA